CUCCCCCCGCCCCGUCCUCAGUAGCCGCGGGCGCUGGGCGGCGGACGAGCGGCGCGGAGCCGGGAGCCGGGAGCCUGAGCCCCGGGGCUGCGGCCGCCCUGCCUCCGUCCGACCUGCGGGCUGCCAGAAAAAAAUAAAAUAAAAUGGAGCACAUGUUACUGCUAUUCCUAAUUUUCGUACCUAUUCUGGGUCUCAGUAAUGGAACAGAAACUGAACAAGAUUUUACUUGGCACUUAAAGAAGAUUCCCCAGAUUGUGAGAGAAAGAACUUUCUCCCUUGACAGCCCUAAAUUUGAAGCAAAAACCAAAUUAGAGCUGAACAGUGUAUGUGGAAUUGAAUGUCAAAGAAAACUGCCAGUGCCAAGCUUGUCUGACUUGAAGAGCCUCUUAUCCUAUGAGACUGUUUUCGAAAACGGCACACGGACCCUGACUGAAGUGAAUGUCCUCGGAGCAGUGCCUGACCCAGCUGCAAACACAACCACACAAAGACCUCUGAGAAAGAAGAGGCAGAUCUAUGGCACAGACAGUAGGUUCAGCAUCUAUGACAAGAGGUUUAUGACCAACUUUCCGUUCAACACAGCUGUGAAGAUCUCCACUGGCUGCAGUGGCAUUCUCAUUUCCCCCAAGCAUGUGCUAACAGCAGCCCACUGCCUGCACAAUGGCAAGGAUUAUGUUAAGGGCAGCAAAAGACUGAGGGUGGGCCUGAUGAAGACAAAAUCCAGAGGCAAUGGCAGGAAACGCAAAGGUGCUAAAAGAAGUAGGAGAGAAAUUUCUGCGGCCAAAGAGGAUCCCAAAGCCACCACAGAAUUAAGGCGACGAUCCAAAGGCGAUGAGAGAAAGCAGCGGGGAUCUGGGAGGAAGCAAGGGACCUCAGAUGGCAUGCCCUCCUUCCAGUGGACCCGGGUGAAGAGCACUCACAUCCCGAAAGGCUGGUUUAAGGGUGUCUCUGGGGAUAUUGCACUGGAUUAUGAUUAUGCUGUUCUUGAGCUCAAGCGUCCCCAUAAAAGGAAAUACAUGGAGCUGGGCAUCAGCCCAACAAUCAAAAUGAUGCCUGGGAGCAUGAUCCACUUCUCAGGUUUUGACAAUGAUCGGUCUGGGCAGCUGGUCUACAGAUUCUGUAGCAUUUCUGAUGAGUCCAAUGAUCUGUUUUAUCAGUACUGUGAUGCUGAGCCUGGCUCCACAGGAUCUGGCAUCUAUCUCCGUCUGAAGGAGCCAAACAAAAAGAAGUGGAAACGCAAGAUCAUCGCUGUGUACUCAGGCCAUCAGUGGGUGGACAUCAAUGGUGAACAGCAGGAUUACAAUGUAGCAGUACGAAUAACUCCUCUCAAAUAUGCCCAGAUUUGCUUCUGGAUACAUGGGAACGAUGAGAAUUGCACACAAGGCUGAAAAGAGCCGAGCCUCAGUCACUUAGCACCCUUGCUGCCGUAGAGUGAAAGGCGGCUGCAACAGUGACUGGAAGAACAUCACUCCAUGCCAGAAUGUUCUUGAACUCAAAGCUCACAAGUAGUGCUACGGUAACUUAAGGAAUGCUGAAUUUCUAGGGGAGGAGUAGAAUUGUCAGACAAAAUAUUUCUAGUUGUAAUCAACCUAGAUACGCACUUAAAAUCCCAAACUAUAUUUAUGUUUGCAAUUGUGAUAAAUUCAAGUAAUUAGUGAGGAAAAAAUUGGCUUCACCGGUUUGUCAUUUUUUUCCCCAGAGGAAGGGUUGAAACAUCUCAAACUGGUGUUAUUAAACAAUAUCUAUUUUUUUCCAAUGGAUUUACUUUUCUCAGGGUUCUGUUCCAAUUCUUCAAAUGCAAGUUGUGCAUAUAGCAUGUUCCUGUUUGUGCAGCAUGAUCCAGAGAACUGCAUGAGAAUAAGACUUUAUUCUGGUAUUCUCUAAAGACCACAGGUCCAUGCAGAGAAGCAGCACUAUAGUUAAUGAUUGUUAGUUUGGAAAACUUCCUCUUCUGGUUGCUGCAGGAACACUCCCGUGGAAAUUACAAAUUUAUGUAGCUGAGGGUUACACCUUAAAGAGAAAUUCACUUCAUUGCUCAGUAAAAACAGAAAAAAAUAAAUUAAAAAAAAAGUUUCCAUGUUUGGAAGAAGACACAUUUGGACAUUGUUUGAUGCCUUUAAAUGUUCUUAGAGAAGCUAUAGAAAUCUUAAACACAUGCAUUUGCCUUAGUAUUUGGAGAGCUGUAGGUUUAGUUUCUAGUCAAAUGUUUAGCUUUACCACUGGGAGAAGUCACUGACUCCUGAAGUGGCUACUUGACAAUCAUUUGGAGCUUCAUAGAUGAAAUAUUUUCUGGGUGCUAAACAUUUCUUCAGUUUCUAUAAAUUACUUUUAUAUGAGUUCAGCUUCAUAGAUAGGAUGGUGUGUAUUAGACUGGGAGUUGGAAAUCAAUAUUUUAGUUUGGCUUUAUACAGUUUGGCAAGGUGUGUGGUUUUAAUCAUGUUAUAUUCAGGCUCCACCUCAACAUGAUUCACAGGGUUAACUAAAAAAUUUCUCCCAACUAAAUUAUAGCACCUUCUGAGUGGUAGAACUAUCCUGUGCAUUAUAAAAGGUAUCUUAGAUAGCAGCAGUAGUUAGCAAAUAAUUUGGUUCAAUAUGUUUGCAGAACAUGUAUUUAAUGGAGACACAAACUGAGCUUGACUUUUACACUUUUAAACACAAACCACCUUCUUAAAAACUGUUGUUGAUUACUAUAUGCCUAUAUAUUUUAUGUCAAGAUUUUGAAGUACAUAGAAUUUUUAUGGUGCUAUGUUAAUCUAAUAACAUAAAAAGAUACUGUGCCUUUCUGAUAAUAUCCUUUGGGUUUCAAUACUUUCAGAGUAUUCACCACUGUAAUAUUUAAUUUUUUACCAUAAAUUUAUGCUGACCAAAAUACAUUUUCUUCCUAUGCAGGAGAAAAAAAAAUACAAGAUUUUAAAAUAAUUUUUGUUUGUUGGAAUCUUUAAAACAUGCUUAUAAUAUCUUUUGAUGAAAUAACAUGAUUUUAAAUAACCCUUUUUUUUUUGGUAUAUGGUUGAAAGUAUACAACCUGACACACUGAAUGUGCAGGCAACUUUGUCCUAUUAUUGCCAAAGCAUAAAAAUUUACUUCAUUCAUUGGAAUAGAUCUCACUUUAAAGGAAACUAUUUCUUUUAAUUUCAGCUUUUCCAGGGAACACUCAACUUUUCUUCCUUUAUAAUUUUUUGAUUUUAUUUUGUGUGAUUGUUUGCAGAAAACUAAUAAUAAUUUUUAAAGUUUAGAAAUAAAUCUCUACGAUUUUAGGUUUAAUUAUUUUUUAUUGUUAUUGACAUCUCUAUUAACACAUGUGGCUUUGCUGACAGUAAUUUUAAAUCACCUCAGUCCAGUAUUUAAUACUUUCUCUCUAUGCAACAGAUUUAUAGAAUUUUUUAGUCAGGUCUGUAAUAUUUUUCUAAAGUGCAUUUUUCCGUAGUUACUGUGACAAAUAAGAUACUACAUCAUUAAUCUAAUACAGGACAACCCAGGUCCAUAGAUUUUUUUACAAUUAUUAUCAUUGUUGAUUUGGGCCAAAAACUGAUCAAGAUAGGGGGGCUUAGUAAAUGUCUUGUUUUGUUGAGUCUUAUUUAGGUGUGCUCCUAAAGAGCACACCUAAAGAAGAAAUAAAAUCUAUUUCUUUAUCACUUUGGGAAUUGGGAGCAAGGUAAGAAUGAAAAAUGUUUAAUGUUAGUUUCCAAAUGGUCUUGUUUAUAACAAUCAUCUGUUGUAAAUAUCUCAGCCACAAUCUGAGGUUUCCUAUUCUGAGAAUAAAUACUAGGUGCUCAGUGCUCCAUUUUGCAGUACUAAGAGAUUAAAGAGGGUGGCCAGAGCAACAUAAAAAUUAAUUUAAAACAAAUAAAAAAACCUCUGUGUCUCAGUGCCCAUGCACAAGCACUUGCAAAUAUACAGGCUUGGAGAACACGUGUUGUUUUGACUGAGUUUUGGUGUUGUCAGCACCUUUUUGUUGUUGUCUUCUACCUUCAUUCCCUGAAGGAAUGAAGGUAGAAGAAGACACAGACAAAAUGUUUUUCCUGUUGUCUUGGCAUGGUACGCAUUUUUGUCUUCCACUUGGCCUAAUAGAGAAAUAAAUGCUUUAUGUAAGCAUUGUGAUUACCUACUACAGGGACCUCUGGAAUAGUUCACAAAUCAAGUGCUUACAUGUAAUCCCAGGAACUCAAUGUCCUGCAUAGAGCUCCGGGUACCCACCACUGCAAAUGGGACAAGAAUUUCUGAGUCAUCUCAGAUUUUCUUAAAAACCUGUGGUUACUAUCUAAUUGCCAGUGAGAAAAUAUGAGGAGGAAUAUAUGAUCCCAGUAGAUCAGAUCUUGCUUGUUGUCUAGGACACCAGCAGCAAGGCUGGGUUUCCAGCCCUUGUGAUGUUUCCCUCGGGGAUUUUUCCUCUCUCAGGUACCAGGCUGUACAUAACUUGUUUUCAUCAGUACUAAUUCUUUUCCAUAGGAGUUUGUAUUGUAGAUUUUUUUAUUUAACUGUAUUCCUGGCUUUAGGAAAAAAACUACUUCAGUCAAAUAUCUUUUCUCCUAGAGGGCUACUGGAAUUUAUAAAGUCAACAAGUAAGUUUUUUUCAGGGUCAAAGAUAAACCUCAUAUGCAAGCCAUUAACACACCCAGACCAGCUUCUGCAAGGUAUUUGUGCAUGUGUUUAAUCUGAGAUUCUGAGACACACAGUGGAAGUCAAGGGGGUUAUCUGCAGUAUGAAAAAUUAAUCCUAAAUUUGUAUUAACAAAAGAAAAGCACAACAUAAUAUAGGAAAAUUCUUUCUGUUAUAUCAGGUAUAGAGUACCCAAUGUUUUAAUAAUUGCUUAAAGAAACUCCUUGGCUCCUUAAGAUUUACCAUCUUAAUUUUGCAGAUAUAUGUGUUGAUAUGGAGUAUGAAUCAGCAUGAACAUUGCUUAAAUAAAAACAAACAAACAAACAAACAAACAAAAAACAAAAACAGAAACAACUUAUCCAUAUGAGGAGGAGAGAAGCAGCCGGGGAGUUCUUUCUAUUCUGCUGAUAAGGGAUGACCUGGAAGCAAAAAGCAAAUAAAACAGAAAGAAAGAACAAGUAGAUGGUAUGGAAGGCCAGGAAGGUGGAGAUGGUGUACAAGGGAUAAAGAAAGUGUGCAAAGUAACAGACGAAAUGGCUGCAAGGUAGCAGAGGUACCUAUUGUGAGAAAGAGUAGGCAGAUGGUAGACACUUAAUAGUAUGAAUUAAGAUGUGAAAUUCACAAGUUUCAUGAACAAUUUUUCACUUUUAAAGAUAAGGCUGUGCUUCCCAGCCAACAGCAACAAGGAAAGGGCUGUGAGUGGACUCAGGCUGUGGCAGGGACCGCUAGCAGGCAGGGGUUUUGACCCUCAUCUGCAGUCCAUGCCUGAAUUUGCAGGAAUUAUGCUUCUGUUCAUUCAGGGUUCUUGGAAAGCAGCAGAUCCAUGUUCUAACCAAAAAGCUUGGCAGUAUGAACCUCCCAGUACACGGGAUCACCAAGAAUGUAGUGAGUAAAGGGAAUUUCUCAAACCUGAUCUUUUUUUUGGUAUUCCUGUAAAGGUUGUUUUCCACUGGGAAAAAAAAUUAAACAAAAAAUCUCAGACUUAAGGCGUUUAAAUGUUGGCUCCAUUUUUUGCAUGUAUCUAGAAAUUCUGGGCAGUAAAUUUUUUUCAAGUGUCUUGUAUUUGGCAUCUAUAGAAAUUUAAUCAACUGCUUCCAAUUUUAAAGCACAGAUUAUUGCAGAUAGUUCCAUCUACAAAUUCCUGGAUUAAAGAAUGACUGGGGAAAAAAAAAGAAUGUUAUUAAAUUGAAAUCUUAAAAUUUCACUCUAAUCUCAAAGGAUUUGGAAGUAUAUUUUGGUCCCCUUUGCACCAGUCUUUUGCUCCAAGUGUGAGAACAUUUAGAUUAAAAACCUUCAGAAAUAGCAUUGAGGAUUCUUUCAUACUCUUUACUUUUUUAAGACUGACAGAAAACUUUAGAAUAUUUUAAACUGUGCAAAAUGACAAGCCAUUUGAGAAAAUAAAUGCAAACCUUUGGUCUGUUAAGAUAUUAUAUGAUGCACUUAUUCUGUCAAUAAAUAUUUUCUGUUGUUUUUCUUUU